AUGGCUCCUGCUGGUGAUGCGCCGGUCUCGUCCGCUCCAGGCGUUGCGGGUGCGCACGGGAGGAAGCCGGUUGACGCGCGACCAGAUCCGGUUACUCCUAAGACGCUCUUCAACGGCGGGGCUGGUCCUUUCGGCGUGGAAGUGAUUAAGACGUUGUCGGCCUGUAUGUCUGCUCUCAAGCUGAAUGAUCUGCCGACGGGAGGAAAGGAAAAUGGCACGGUUAAGCCAACUACUGCUGGAAGCUCGUCGGCAGCGCCUGAUGUGCUGGAAAAAGGCAAGGCAAAAGUGGAGGACAAGGACAACGACGACGGUUACCUCAGCGAUGAUCCGGACGAAUGCCAAGACCCGGAGAUGCUCAACGAAAUUGCUGCGCCGACAGGUUUCGCCAUUACUCUGCUGAUCCCGUUCGCCUGGAACAAGGAAGUCCCUCGCACCAUCAACACGGUUCGGCACAUGCUGCUGGUGUGGGGGAAGCACCUCUCGGAAAAUGUCAGGCACACGAUCAAGUUUCAGCAGCUGUCGGCUACCUACCUCUCCAAGAAGAACUUCGGCCGGAUGCAGGUGGUGUUUCUGCAGGCUGCUGAUGCGAAUUUCGUCUGGAGCAGGGAGGUGGAUCAUUACACGAUGAAUGACAAGAAGCUGACACUCGGCUGGCAGCAUCCGGAGAACACCGCUUACCUGAAGGAGCAUGCGUUGCACCCGGAGGCGAUUGAGGUGCUUCUUAGAGGGGGUUCCGGCGGUGAUCUCACCAAAGAUGACACGGAUAAGAUCAAGGGCCUGGUCUACAGGCACACGGGGGAUAAGUAUAAGUGCAUGCACAUGACAUGUUUCCACGAUGAGUAUGUCAAGGAGAGGCAGAACAAUAUCGGCAACGGGGGUCUGUUGCUACUGCAUGCUCAUGAGAUUAACGGUAAAGACACACACGUUUACCUUGCUUUGCAGUGGUUGCAGCAGCGUUCUUCCGAGCUGAUCUCUGUACUGCCUCCCCCCCGAGCAGCUGCUUCUCUGAAGCUGUCAGCGGCGGCGAAGAUCAUCAUGGCGGACCCGGCGAUUUCCCUUACCUCGGUGGGAGGGGUCCGGGAGGAGUGGGUCUGCGUGCAAGAGGAGUGCGGAAAGGCCCAUGGAAGCAAUUUCAAACAGGCUGUGGAGCAUGCUCAGUCGCAACGCCAUUGCACUGGUCUGCUCAAGGCGGGAGCUGCUACGCGCCAGAGCAGGGGGAAGCAGUGCCUGGCGGAUGUCCGGAAGGAGUUUGGGAAGUAG